UUCUUGCUAGUUGGGCUUGGUAUAUCAAUAAGUAGAGGUGGUUAAGAUAAACUUAUUAAAGUUUUACUAAAUUUUGAUAAUAAUUAUGCAUUAAUUUAUUCAUUAAUCGAUUGUAAAUAUUAAUGACUUUAAAUUGAAAUAAUUUCAUUAUUUUAUAAUUUAUAUAUUUCCACAAUGGCGUCAACGAAUUUCUUAACAGUAAAAACUCAUCUCUCGGAGUUUAAAGGUAAUUCCGAUAAAGAUACAAUGAGCGAGGCAUCCGAAAGUGGAACGAGCAAUUCCGUGACGUCAGCAGAAGACUUACAGAAAUUAGCAGUAAUACUUGGACUGAAUAGCGCUGAAGAUGUAUACCAGGAAAGAUUUCGAGUUGACAGGCGCCGAUUGGAAGCGAUGCUGGCUGACAAUUUGGAAGAAUCUCAAACUGCUCAAGCAUUUUUCCAUAGGGUCAUGAAUGAAACAAACACUUUAAUUAACUGGCCUGCUCGUCUUAAAAUUGGAGCUCGUUCAAAAAAAGAUCCUCACGUGCGUAUCGCCGGUCGACCUGAUGAUGUUAAGCUCGCAAGGGAGAAAAUUAUGCAAUUGCUGGAUACUAGAAGUAACCGUGUCACCAUGAAGAUCGACGUCAGCUACACGGACCACUCUCAUAUUAUCGGCAAGGGCGGUCUGACGAUAAAGCGCGUGAUGGAGGAAACCGGCUGCCACAUCCACUUCCCGGACUCCAACCGAACGAGCACGCAGGAGAAGAGCAACCAGGUGUCCAUCGCGGGCGACAUGGAGCGCGUGGAGCGCGCGCGCGCGCGCGUGCGGGCGCUGACGCCGCUGGUGUUCUGCUUCGAGCUGCCGAUCGUGGCGCCCUCCCAGCCGCUGCCGGACAUCAACUCGCCCUACGUGCAGCAGAUACAGGAGCAGUACAACGUGCAGGUGAUGCUGCGCAACCGGCCUAAGCUGCACGCCAACCUGGUGGUGGUGAAGGGCGUGCAGUGGGAGGUGCUCGCCACCAUGGAGGCCACGGCGCUGCUCAUGACCUACAUGUGCGGCCCGCUCGCGAGCCAGACCCAAGUCCAGAUGACGCUGGAGAUAUCGCCGAUGCAUCACUCGGUGGUGGUGGGUCGUGGCGCGGAACAGUUAAAGGUCAUCAUGAAGGGCACCGCCACGCAGAUCAUGUUCCCCGACGCGGACGACCCCAACAUACCCGCUCUACGCAAGAGCUGUGUGACCAUCACCGGACAGAUCAAAGACGUGUACGCCGCGAGGCAGCAGUUGGUGGGCAGCCUCCCGCUGGUGGUGAUCUUCGACGUGGCGGAGGAGAGCUGCCGCGUGGAGGGCGAGGCGGCGGCGCGGCUCAUGGCCAAGCACAACGUGUACAUCAGCGUGCGCCGCAAGCCCAAGCAGGGCAUCGCCUCGGUCGUCAUCAAGGGCAUCGAGCGCUGCGCCGGUGAUAUAUACGAGGCGCGCCGCGAACUACUCGGCGGGAAGGAGCCAAAUAUUACAGCGGAAAUACCCGAAUCCUACAAUAUUCCGUCUAUCACCAACACCAUGCCCAACUUUGGCGCGUUCAAUCCCUUCUCCCCGUCGCACGCGAACAGCAUCACCAACUCGCCAUGCUCUCCAUACAAUCUUCAACUGAACGAGUUAACGAAUUUCGCCAACCUUGGUAGCCCAAUGUUUGGUCACAAUCCUCCAACUCCUGGCGGGUACCCUACGCCCUUGUCUCCGGUGGCGAUGACGCCGCCAGUGUUUCCAAGUGGUUGGAUGGUGCCAAGCCCACAGCCUCGUCCUGGACAGUUCCACUUCCCGAGCUUGACUCAAAACUCUGGUCCAGUGAUGUAUAAGAAUCACGGUUCCUGGCAUCCGCUUUCCGGCGCUCCACAGGGCGGAGUAGCACCGUGCCUGCAACAUCCUCCCGACCACCAUAGACACGUAUCGCUACUGAACUCCAGCUCACAGGCUAGCAGCGGUUACCAAAGCAACUUCACUGGCAGCUCCGUGUCGCUUGAUGCCCAAAACAUAUCCGGAGGAGAUGGCAGCAACGUCGGCUCCCCCUCCGUGUCGCCCAUCAGCAAGACGCACAGUCCCACGCCGUGCUCGGAAAACGAUCGCUCACAACACGAACUAGCGAACAUAAUAUCCGAGCUCCCGAUAUCUGACCGUCGUGCUGUGGGCUGCGAAAAGAAGACCCUUGAGACCCUCACCAAGCUGUCACCCUCGCCGCUGUCCGACUACAGAAAGAUGCAGGCUGAAGCCAACAAGGCCAUGCGAGAGAACGUCGGCAGUGGUUACAGAGUACCAACAACUCGUUGGUCGGGUUUCUACUUCAGUCAUACAUCACCUGGACCUCUUAACUUGAGUGACGGCGAAGGAGGAAUGGUCACGCCUGAAAAAAGUCGAAACAGAAUGGAUCUAGUUCGUCCCAACAUAGUAGAAACGGCUCCGUCGCCGCCUGGUAACAAACCAUGCCGCUACCAACAGUUGUAUGAGCUACUGAGGGAUAUCGGCUUACAUAAAUAUAUUGAUUUAUUCAAGAAACAUGAACUGGACAUGUCUACGUUCGCGUCGCUGAAUGAAGCGGAUCUUACAGAGAUUGGCGUUACAGCCUUUGGCGCUCGCAGGAAGAUGCUGCUGGUCAUUGCGGAGCUGCAAAAACAGUCGAGCGCCUAUAAAGGUAACGCCCCAUCGACGGAGAGAAAAAUCAUCAAUUCCCCACCUCAAUAUAAUACGACUGCGCUGGCGCAGGACAAGUGGUAGAUCUAUACACGAUCUACAUUACAAUACGGCUUAUGAGACUGAAAAUAAUAUAUAAGUCUAAUAAAUUAACAGGUAAAAAUUUAAUUAUGGGCGUAAGCGAUCAAUACCGUAAGGUUUAAAACGAAAUUUCAAAAAUACUAUAAAAAAAUAACAUUUUCGAAAAUUAUUAUUAGGUGCAAUUGUCUAAGAGACACGAAUAUUAAAUAAAGAAGCUUUUAGUUUCAUACGCAACAAUACAUUGUUAUCAUGUUAUAUUUAUUAUAAAAUAUUCUAAAUCCAGGAACGUCUACUAUCAAAA